AUGUUGGGCCCUACCUUUGUUCUGUGGGAUGUGGGAUCUCCCUUAUAUACCUAUGGAUCCAUCUUCAUUAUUGCAUUAAUUAUUUGGCAAGUGAAAAAGAGCCGCCAAGAACUAAGAUCAGAGCAUAAUAAGACCUGUUGCCAGCGUCACCGAAAAGUCAAACAAAGAUCUAGAGAUAGAACAUCAAAAGCUCAGAUAACAUCCCAGGAAGAGGCAGAGAAGCUUCGGAAGCUGCUCUCUGUCAUGAAAAGCCAGGGCUGGCUUCCUCAGGAGGGAAGCGUUCGGCGGGUCCUAUGUGCAGAUCCUGGCUGCCAAAUCUGCAAUGCCAUGGCUCUGGAGAUUCAGCAGUUGCUGUCUGGUGAGAGCAAGAACUUCCCUUCUUUAUCAGGGACAUCACAAAUCCAUGAAAGGUCCAUGUCAAAUAGGUCUUUAAAGAAGAAUCAGGAGCUUUGUUCGCAGCCCACCAGAGAACAUUCACCUGUACCAAGCCACACAGUGCCACAAUUAAUGGAUCAGAAAUCUUUAACUAAGACUACUGCCCAGGCAAGUUGUGCUAUCAGUGUCCAAUAUCACUGGCCUGAUUAUCUCCAGCGAGUGCAGGGAUUUCAAGUACCAAGUGUAUCUCAGGAUGUAGGAGUUCUAUCUUCUUCAAGUCUUGAGGAGCCUGGGAUUCCUGAGAGUCAGCAUAAGAGAAAGAAGAACAACUCCACAUCUGUCCAGAAGAACCAAGCAGAUCCAGAAGUUGACUUGGACAAUAAGAUGACAUUCUUUUCACACUGGAUUAACCCUGAAGUGAAAUGUCAAAAGCAGGAGGUACCCAGUCCUCCCUGUAAAGUGGAGACAGUGACCAAAGCCAGAAUGAGGAGCUCCUACAAGGAGCUCACUUUCCACAGUGUAGGCCUAGAGAACCUCCAGGGCUGGCUUCCUCAAGAGAAAAGCGUGCGGAAGGUCCUGUGUGCAGAUCCCCACUGCAAAAUCUGCAAUACUGCAGCUCUGGAGAUUCGGAAGUUGUUAGAGGUUGACACCAGCCAAUUCACCACAAGUGUGCCUUUUGAACAGAAGCUGAAACUUCAUCCUCAGCACUCCAGAGAUACUGAACUAAGAUCUGUUACCCCAAGAGUAACAGAACCUUUUGCCGAGUCAACCAAUGUAGUUGACAUCCAAGAAUACUGGAAUGAUCAACUCCUCCUACAGCAGGACAUUCAAUUGCCAGAGAUGUCUCUGGAUUCAGAGAUGGUGGCUUCUUCAAGGCUUGAGGAAACUGCAGUUAUAUUGAAUGAGCAGGAGACACAGACCACCCCUAACGGUGUCCAGGGAAAUUGGGAUCAUGACUCUUUGAAUUUGCAGGUCUCUUUUCCAUGCCCAAAUCUAGAGAUCACAUGCCUGACACAUCCUGUGGUUAUGCAAAUUGUCCCCAGUGCUCAUUUGCCUUUUGUCAAACCUGAAAUCCUGAGGCUUCUUGAGCUACAUGUUAAAAAAUGGAUGCAUUUUCAGAGGUGGGGACUCCCCAGACGGGUGGAGCAGUCCCUAAGGCAACUUAUGCCAAGUCCACCUAUGUGUUACCAGCCCGAAACUAACCAACCAGAGUCUUUUAUCUUGACUAAUACUCCUCAGACAUGCAUACAUAGAUUUGGGACUAUUUUCCAUGAGGCAUGGUGUCCCUUUAUGGCUGACCAACACAUCCAGAUCUUUUGGGUUUCUGAAUGGUCUAUUACUGAACCAGUACAAAGGCACCACUGCCAACAUAUCCCAAAUCCUAUGGCAAUAACCUUGCCCUCUCCUACUCUUGAAGUCUUAGAGGGUCUCUGUCCACUGUCUGGUGAACAGACUAAUAGCUCAAGGAGCAAUCUGCAGCAAAAACACUACCAGCUGUUCUGUGGUCUCCCUUCUCUGCACAGUGAGUCUCUGGUUGCCACUUUAUUAGGCCCUCAAAGUCUCGCCAAGAAUAUCUCUUAUCCAUUCGUGAAGGAUCUUCAUCUCUUCAAGGAGUACUCCUACCCCCCCUUGCUGAGUCAGCCCUGCCUUGAGUCACCCCAGCCCUCUUCCUCACCUUGUCCAAAGGGAGAAUCUCCAACUCAGCAUCAAGAGCUUCCAAUCACAGUCCCAUUUCUGACUCUGGCCGAAUGUAAAACCUUGGAAUGGCACCUGCUGCAGAGGCAGCUCCAGCUUCAGUGGGGGCUGCCAGCUGCCUUCCAUCGAUCUCAGCAUGCCCAGAGCCCCAUGCAGUGUGAACUGUGUAACAAAGCCCGAUCUCUCAAGAUUCAGAAAACUUUACGGACUGAGAAGCUCUCAAUCCUCACCAGAGAACUCAUCUUCUUCCCAGAGCAUGCCCGCAGGCUACUAGGAUUCCACCUCCAGAAACACUUGAUGCACCUUCGCUGGGGCCUGCCUGAGAAGAUACAGAAGUCCAUCCAGUUGCUUCUUUCCUCCACUGGCCAGCAGCCCCUGUCCUUGAGCAACAAAGCCCUACCCAACAUGAGCAUCUCCCAGCCUGGGGCCCCAGAGGCUAAAGGAGAUGGUUGUCUCUUCUCCCCCAUGAUUUCACAAGUGUCUGUCCCCAUGCCACAUUUUUUUGUCCAAGCUCAGGCAAUGUUGCAAAGCCACAUUGAUUCCAAAUGUGGGCAGAUUCACCAGGGCAAGGUCCCUGAUCUUGUAUAUAGUUCCUGGGAAUGCAGAAUUCCUGGAGUGCUAGCAAUGGCUCCCUUCGCUGACAUGCUGCAAGGGCAGCUCCUGGAACUGCAGGCAGCAAGUGAACCUGAUCUAUAUCACAAAGUGGUGCCCUGUGAGCCAAUGGCCCUUGGCCAGCAGCCAGAGGCCUUACUAGGUGCUGCCACUGAACACCAAAAGCGUCCCCAAGCUCUAUCUGAUGAAACCAUUGAGAAACUGGAGACAACUUUACGGCAUAAGUAUCUGGCCUUCCUGUCAGGCCUCCCUGCUCUUUACUAUGUGGCUCUCUCUAGAGUUACAUCACCAGUAGCCACUAACCAAUCUGUUAUCACAGAGAUGGUGUCUAAGUCUAUUAAGAUCGCACAGGAGCCUCUGGUUCAGAUGCUCUCCCUUGAAGCCUCAGUCAAGAGCCCUGGACCAUGCUUUCAAGAUGAUAACAAACCUUGUGAAGUCACUGGAGAAAAGUCCCAGCCUGAACUACAGGUGGAAGCCGAAACAGAAAGGGCACCUCCCAAGAAGCAGGUGCUUUCUGUCAGCCCUUGCUUACUCAAUACACAUAUGCUUGCUAAAUUAAAUUUCCACCUGAAGAAAAAGGUCCUAGAGAUACAACUGGGAAUUCCUGAAGGUACAAGAAAGUCCAGGAAACCAAAUGUGGCAGUUCCAGAGCACAAAUCCUCACAGGAGUGUCUUCAGAGUAAGAAACACCAAGGAAACACAGUGCUCCAGGAACUACCUCUAGGCCCUCCUCCUGCUUCAAAAUGGCUCUGCCCCAAAGAAAAGCAGGCCACUGAGCAGGCCACUGAGCUAGAGGCAAUACAGCAUAACCAAAAGCACCCUGGUCUGAAAGCCGUGCCCUAUGGUUCUGCCCCCUGGGUCUCCGAGAUCCCUCAACCUAGUAGGGACAUGACUGAGGCUCAGGUGCUUUGUGUUCAAGUUCAGACCAAUGUGAGCCACCCCAGCCUGGAGAAACCCCGUAGUCCUGAGCCCCAAAGCCCUGGGAAAAGCAAAGACUCAGCCCAUGUGUCCAUGCUGGCAAGAAAGAGAGAGGACCACCCAGAGAAGCUCGAGGCAGCAGGAGACCCUGGAGGAGGAGAUGCAGGGUUUGGGCUCUCCUCGGCCACUGAGGACAGACCCCAUGCCGAAGUCCAGAGGCCAGAGGGGAUCCUCCUGAACAAGAUACCCCAAGGCUCAUGGCGGUGGAAAUACGACUUUCAUCCUGUGAAUCCCUGCCAACACAGCUCCCAGAGUCACCCACAGCCAGAGUCAAUUCCCAGAGGAAGAGAAUCUGCGCAUGACUUGCCUCACAGACUAAGCAAGCCAAAUAGCAUCCUCUCACCUGAAAGGACCCCCAACAACGCGCAGCCUGUGGCAGCCCACGCUCCCCAGGGCCAGCCUUUCCUGGACCAACUAAUUCAGGAUCAGCUUUUGCAGAGCCCAGCUUGCAAAGGUCAGGUUUUGAAAGGGCUCAUGAGGCCGGCCCCUGCUCACAGGGAGACCAGACUUGCAGACACUGGCCUGAGAAGUAAGAUAAAAUCUUUUCUAUACCGUGUGAGCCCUGAGAUGAAAGGCAAAGGGCACCUGGAAUCCACAUCCUGUACAGCUGGCAAGGAAGCCAAACCCAGAAUGGAAAAUGUCCUAAGCAGCCUGGCUCAUGCCCCAAGUCCCAUGAAGAGAACCAAGACAAAGAAGCCAAUGGAGCACCCCAAGGUCCAGCCUGAUCCUACUGAGAGCCCAGUGGGCACAGCCUCCUUCUUAGCUGGUCCUCCUUCCCCAGGCAAUAAGCUUCGCCUGCGCUCCCGACCACAGGGCUCUGCCUCAGUGCUGGGCCAACCCCUCCACUGCCCUCGACACUGCCCUCAAGUGGCUUAUGCCACCCAACCAGGGAAUACACCUUAG